AUGUUGCUCAAUAUCCCUGUGUCCUAUUUCUGUGCACCGGUCCUAUUUCCGCUGUAUCAGGUGGAGGACAUGUUCAAACCACAGGAGAAUGCGUGGGUGCCUUCACUGGCGAUGUUUGGCGGUAAAGUGGCGCUCAACGACGAGGAUUGGCGUCACACCGCUGCACGCGAAUUUCAGGAAGAAGUGGGAUAUAUAUUAGGGGACAAAGAAUCGGGCGUUCCAAAGAAGAUGAGCGAGUUCUCAAGAACGGAAGUGGAUGUAGCCAAGGCAUACACAAGCUAUCUGGCCAUAUCUAAAUAUCAACUGUUAGAGUAUCCGAUAGAGCCAGAGGAUAUUGAUGCAUUCUUACAACUGCCGAAAGAAUACUGGAAUAAAUAUAAGGGAGAGGUACGUGUUGUUCUGGUUCAUGCGUAG